GUAACUCUGCAAGUAGAAAUGGUAGAAAAAAACAAAACAUGUUCGGAUUGUGCUUCUUCUCGGAUGGGAUGUGAGUUUUGUGUUAGACCUGUGCAGCUUAAUGAAAGCAUUUUAUCCAUCAAAGCACUUAUCUGGAAUUUAAUACCGGGACAAAAGUACAUAAUUGGAGACUUUUCAGCAAAAUCUAUCAGAGAAAUCCCCCCACCUACAGAGUGUCUGGUACAUAGAGGAGCUUUGGACACAGAAUUUGUUGUUUGCAAUAAUUAUUUUGAAGAUGGAUGCAGACGAUUAGAAACCCCAGAAAAACAAUCUGAAUUAAAGAUAACAAUUAGUGUUAUUAAUAUUGAUCCUAUAUCUUGUGUUGGUUCUACAAGUAAAAGUUUUGAAGGACGUUGCUCCGAAGGAACAACACUCAGUGGAAAUGGUUCAACAAAACUCGAAAGAAUAAAGAUGAUCUGGUUAUUAAUAAGUGCCACUCUUAUUUCUAUGAUUUCCUUCAUUAUCUAAAUAUUGGUUCAAUAUUUGAAUCUGAUCGCAGUACAGUUAAGGUAUGCAGUGGAAAUAUCGGCAAUUUUUGUGAUUUAAAAAUAUAUUCAAAAUCAGGAUUGCGAUUAUUUUUAGUAUGUUAUUUAUAUCGGACAAAUGUAUAUAUCGUUAUUAACUAUAU